AUGAAGUUUUCUCUCAUCACCAUCCUUUCCGCCAGCGCUUUGGUCGCUGCCUCUCCCUUUGCUGAGCCAGAGGCUUUCCUUGAGGAGCGCCAGGCUGCGCAGAGCCUCGAUGCCGCCAUGAAGGCCAAGGGCAGGAAGUACUUCGGUACCGCCACUGACCCAGGCCGAUUCAACCAGGGCAAGAACGCUGCCAUCAUCAAGGCCAACUUUGGUCAAAUCACCCCCGAGAACUCCAUGAAGUGGGAUGCUACCGAGUCUACCCGUGGCAAAUUCACCUUCGGUACUGCCGACCAGACCGCUAAGUUCGCCAAGGACAACGGCAAGCUCAUCCGUGGACACACCACCAUCUGGCACUCCCAGCUUCCUUCAUGGGUUUCUUCCAUCAAGGACAAGGCCACCUUGACCACUGUCAUGCAGAACCACAUCUCCUCCGUCAUGGGCCACUUCAAGGGCCAGAUCUACGCCUGGGACGUCAUCAACGAGAUGUUCGAGGAGAACGGUAACUUCCGUGCCAGCGUCUUCUACAACGUCCUCGGUGAGGACUUUGUCCGCAUCGCCUUCGAGGCUGCCAAGAAGGCUGACCCCACUGCUAAGCGUUACAUCAACGACUACAACCUUGACACUGCCAACUACGCAAAGACCCAGGCCAUGGCCAAGAACGUCAAGAAGUGGAUCGCCGCCGGUAUCCCCAUCGACGGUAUCGGUUCGCAGACUCACCUUACCGCCGGCCAGGGUGCCGCUACCAUCGACGCCAUGAAGCUCCUCUGCAGCGUUGCUUCCGAGUGCGCCAUGACCGAGGUCGACAUCCAGAACGCCCAGCAGGCUGACUGGACCAACGUCACCAAGGCCUGCCUUAACCAGAAGAACUGCGUUGGUAUCACCGUCUGGGGUGUCAGGGACUCCGACUCCUGGAGGCCCCAGGGCAACCCUCUCCUCUUCGACAACAGCUACAACCCCAAGCAGGCUUACACCACUGUCCUCAACGCUCUCAAGUAA